UCUGUCCUGAGGAGAGGGGAGGUGGUCGUCGAGGCCAGACUCGCAGGAUUAUAAACUCCGGGCGCUUUCAGUGCUGUGUGUUUAAAACCUCUUCUUGAGUCGCAGGAAAUUCGUAAUUUCCACAAGCAAGCAAAUUGUAGCGUUCGCUGUCUUCGCCAUGAACUCUCUUCACUACUGCGGCGGGACGUACCCCCUGCAGAGCCUGAACUCCUUGGCUGUCAUAUACGAUCUCCACCAGCAGGUGGCAGAGCAGUACCGAAUGAGCCACGCUCGCGGCCCGUCCGCGGCUGUCCACGCCUAUUCCGUGGCUGAGAGGCUAGCGGAGCUGCUGCUGGAGUCCCGCUAUGGCAGCGCGCAGAAGCCCAGGAGGAGCCGCACGGCCUUCACCGGCCCGCAGCUGCAGGCGCUGGAGGGGGCCUUCCGGCAGACCCACUACCCGGAUGUGGGCAUGAGGGAGCGGCUGGCGCUGUGCACCAACCUGCCCGAGGCGCGCGUGCAGGUCUGGUUCAAGAACAGACGAGCCAAGUUUCGCAAGGGCCAGCGCCCUGCCCCGGCCGUGGAGAAGGUGGGGCAGGAGCCGGCCACGCAGCCCGAGACGGGGGGCCACGCCAGGACCGAUGGAGGGACCCCUGGAACUCCCUGGGGGGCCUCCUCUCCCGGAGAGCUCUGUGCGGCCCACCCCACCCCUAGCGCCGGAGAUCACCUGCCCCUCCUGGCUGCCGGCUUGCCUUUCAGACCCACCUUCUGGCCGGCCCCCCAGCAGCCCUGCCCUGUUCCUGGCAUCGGCCUGCAUGGCGAGGGCGCCAGCCUGGGCUCGGAGAUUGCCAGCCCCUGUGUGGCACUGCCGUUCCGCCGUGUAGACCUCAAGGCGUUGCAUAGCAACAGUGCCAAGCUGUAGGCCUCCUGGGUAAUCCGAGACUUCCCUACCAGCCUGUAAAUAAUGGAGCGGCUGUGCAGAGCUAACCCCUGGGAUCUGGCCGCGUGUGCCCUUGGGCCGGUCCCCCUGCGUGGGAGUUUGAGCCCCUCGAUCUGCACGACGGCCUGCAGCGCCUGCAGCGCCUGCAGGGAGCUGCACAGGGGGGACGCGUGCUGCUGUGGGGGUGCUAGGAUUCUGCUGGGUUGCCCUCCACUCCAGCUCUUGGAAGAAAUCCAGCUCGUUCUUUUAAGCGUCCAACUUAAAAGCAAGAGAAGGCAAAUGUUUGUAGUCCUCUUGUUGUGAAAGCCUGCUGUGGAAUGAAGUGCCAGUUUGUUCAUUCAGCCUUUUAUCUGAAGAGCUGCUGCACUCCUGGGCUGGUCUAGGGGAACAGAAGGCGCUCCCUUCUCUCCUCGGUCAGAAACUGGGAACGGGAGAUGUCAGCUGAGGCCUACCGUUGCAUGUGAAGCUUUCAAUCGCCCUGUCCAAUGUAUACCACCAUGCCUUCCAGUAAAAAUAGGGUUAUGAACCCAGUCUGCCAGUAGCCACCUGUAGCUUCGGUGAGACUUUGCACCCCCAGCGGAUCAGCCCCACCCCGGCUUGAGUGCCCUGCGUGAACCUGUGUCACUGUGACUAGUGUCCUUCUCCUGUUAGCCUUAACAGUCCUCUCCUCUGUGGUUUGAACAGUCAUGUGAAUUCGGUGCUGAUGUGAAGGAAUAAUCGGUUGACUCUGAUUAUAGGUAGCUUUGUCUGUUUCUGUUUUCCCUUACUGGUUAGUGGUAGUCCUGCAGUACAAUAAGUGUACCAGGCCUUUGUCGAUAUGGCCUAUGUACCCAAGUUCUUAUCUACAAUGAGACCUACAGCCUGUAUUCUGUUCGUAUGCCUUACCCAUAGCUAGCAUAUCUGAUUUGUCUGCUUCUUACUGACUUUAUUCUCUGCAUGAGCUAUGAACUUAUUCCUUAUGUAUGGGUUAAACUGAUCAAGUUCCCCAAGCACCAUCACCGUUGGUGUGUCACCUACUGCUCUCCUCUUGGAGUUAAGCGAGGAUCCAAUGGACAUGCAUUGCACAUCGAGCAGCUACUGUCAUUUUCUCUUUUUAGGGCUGUUCUUCUUUGGCUACCUGGAACCCCAUGUUGGUUGUUCUAAAUCUGAUCUACCAAACAUUCUCUAAGGAAGACAGUUUGAGUAAGGACCAUUAUUUUUUGUUUUGUAGUGAGUGACAGUAAAAUAAUGACUUUAUGGGUUUUAUGCUUGUUCUUGUGCAUAAGGCACUGAAUAGCCUAGCUCCACCUUGCUUUUCCUUGCAGUUGAAGCCUGGGCUCCACACCGUGGACGAUAGAGCCUUCUUGUGUGCAUAAGAGCUUCUAUGGAACUUGCCUCCCCAAUU